CUGGAAAAAUGAAUCAAACUGAAUGCCUUGGGUCUAUGAAUCAAACAGAAAUACUUCAUUUUGUGUAUUUAUUCCAAAUCAUAGUCUAUGUGCCAAUAUUUAUUGUGGGAUUAAUUCUCAAUUCAGUCGUGUUGUGGGUGUUGGCUUUCAAAAUAAGAAAACUGACGGAAUCUACCAUCUACAUGACCAACCUGAUUGUGGCAGAUUUCUUUCUGCUCGUCACCAUUCCUUUCAAAAUAUAUGCCUACAUGGAUAAAGUGACAAUGAAUACAUGGGGCUGUAGAUUUUUGGAAUCGUUGUAUUUUGUGAACAUCCACGCAAGUAUCCUGAUCACAACAGCAGUCUGUGUGGAUCGUUACAUUGCAAUAAAGCGUAUUUUUGAUACCAAAAAACUCAGGUCUCAAAAGAAAGCUGCCAUCACCUGUGGUGCCAUCUGGAUUACUGUCUGGCUAGCAACUCUACACAUUUACCUUAACAGUGGAUACGACAAAUGCGAUAGAAACGUCACAUGUUUUCAUAACGUUCCAGACAAAUUUUGGAAUUUAGGAAUAAUUGUCCCUGUGGAAGUAAUAUUUCUAAUCUGUACGGCCAUCGUGAGUUUCUGCUCCCUCCAGAUUAUCAGAACUUUACAAAGUAGCCUCACAGAGUCUGAGACCAAAUUGAAGAAGAAAGCGAUUAAGAUUGUACUUUCAUCUCUGGUAGUCUUUCUCAUCUGUUUUAUUCCUCAUCAUAUAAGCGUGUUACUGUUCACUUUGAAUGUAAAUAACUUGAUGGAACAGUACUCCAGGGAGGAUUUGGGUGCCAUUUUGCAAAUCAGUCUAUGUGUGGCAAAUGUAAACUGUUGUCUGGAUGCAGUCUAUUACUAUUUUGCCAUUAAAGAAAUGCAAAAGCAGAACGAGAGAGGGGAGGAAAGCCUAACUGUAUGCACCAAGCUGCAGGGGACCAUUGGGGCAGCAGUGGAUUGCCCUGACAUUCAGUUAAAUUAGUUCACAGCCAAAUGUCACUUUCUUUAUCAAAAGUUUCCUCUCUGGGGAAUAGUUAAGGGGGAAUCUCCCGGAAGCUGAACUGGCUCCAAGGUGACAUGCUCAGACAGCCCUCU